AUGAGAGAGAGAAAGAGUAGAGAGAGAGGAGAGGUAGAGGAGAGAGAGAGAGAGAGAGAGAGAGAGAGAGAGAGAGGAGAGAAGAGAGAGAGAGAGAUAGAAGAGCGAGAGCAGAGAGGUACGAGAGCUCGUAGAAUAGGAACAUAGAGGAGGAGAGACAUAGAUCGAGAGGACACUGAAGGGGUUAGUAGUAGUACAAUGGGGAUAACAGGGAUCAGGUCGAAGAUAUACACCCUAUUGAAAGAGAGAGAGAGAGAUAGACAGAGAGAAAAGUAGAGAUUACCGUAAAAAGUCAGAGCCAGAUCAUCACAGGUAGGUGCUACAUGCCUGCACUCCGAAAACACACAGACGCUGUGUGUGUAACUAUGUGUGUGUAACUAUGUGUGUAACUAUUUGUGUAACUGUGUGUGUGUGUGUAUAACUGUGUGUGACUGUGUGACUGUGUGUGUGUGUGUGUGUGUGUGUGUGUGUGUGUGUAUAACUGUGUGUGUAUAACUGUGUGUGACUGUGUGACUGUGUGUGUGUGUGUGUGUGUGUGUGUGUGUGUGUGUGUGUGUGUGUGUGUGGUGUGUGUGUGUGUGUGUGUGUGUAUAACUGUGUGUGUAUAACUGUGUGUGUAACUGUGUAUACCCCUGUAUGUCAAAGAUGGACUGUCUCUGUCUCUGUUUCUCAGACAUGAACAAUCGCUCCAUAGCCUGGUGGCUGAAACAGAUAGGACUGCCCCAGUACACCAAGUCACUGGAGAGAGAAUACUAUGGCCUAGAGGUACCUGUCUCUGUGUCUGUCUGAAUGCCUGCCUGCCUGUCUGUCUGACUGUCUGUCUCUAUGUCUGUCUGUCUGACUGUCUCUAUGUCUGUCUGUCUGUUUGUCUCUAUGUCUGGCUGUCUGACUGUCUCUAUGUCUGUCUGUUUGUUUGUCUCUAUGUCUGGCUGUCUGACUGUCUCUAUGUCUGUCUGUUUGUUUGUCUCUAUGUCUGGCUGUCUGACUGUCUGUCUAUCUGUCUGUCUGACUGUAUCUGUCUGUCUGUUUCUGCCUGUUUCUUUCUCUAUUUAUAUAAACUAGUUACAGCCUUAAUUUCUCUCCCUCUCUCUCACCACAACCCCUCUUCUUUCUCCCUUUUCCUCACCCUCAUCUCUCCCUCUCCCCUCCCCCUCUCCCUCUCUCACCCCAACCUGUCUCUGUGUCUCUGUCACUCUGUCUCUCUCUCCAUCCUCUCUCUCUCUCUCCCUCCAUCUCUUUCUACAUCUCUCUCUCUACAUCUCUCUCCCUCCAUCUCUCUCUCUCCAUCUCUCUCUCUCUACAUCUCUCUCUCACAUCUCUCUCUCUACAUCCUCUCUCCUCCACUCUCUCUCCUACAUAUCUCUCUCUCAUCUCGCUCGUCAUCUACACUCUCUCUCUACAUCUCUCUCCCCCAUCUCUCUCUCCAUCCUCCUCUCUACUCUCUUCUCUACAUCUCCCUCUCUACCUCUCUCCCCUCAUCCUCCUCUCCAUCUCUCUCUCUCUACAUCUCUCUCUCUACAUCUCUCUCUCUACAUCUCUCUCCUCAUCUCUCUCUCUCCAUCUCUCUCUCAUCUCUCUACAUAUCUCUCUCUCACAUCUCUCUCUCACAUCUCUCUCUCCAUCUCUCUCUCCAGGGUUUGCUCUAUGUAUCUGAUGUUGAUCUGAAGGACGCUGGAGUAGAUGAUCCCAGUCACAGAGACACCAUACUCUCUCAGCUGCUGCGGCACAGACAGACACUAGACCCACACUCUGGUAACACACACACCUAACACACACACACACACCUACCCACCACCUUACACACAGACAGACCUCACCCCACACUCUGGUAACCCACACCUAACACACAACAUACACUAGCCCACACUCCUGGUACACACCCCUAACACCACCCCCUAACACACAGAUCGAUACUGAUGUGACAACACCUGGUAAACACCAUCACAACACACAACCUAACCUCACACAGACAGACACUAGACCCACACUCUGGUAACACACACACCUAACACACACACACACUACACACAACAACACCUAACACCCACACUCUGGUAACACACACACCUAACACACACACACCUAACACACAGACAGACACACCCACACUCUGGUAACACACACACCUAACACACACACACCUAACACACAGACAGACACUAGACCCACACUCUGGUAACACACACACCUUACACACACACACCUACACACACACAGACACUACACCCACACUCUGGUAACACACACACCUAACACACACCAACACUCUGGUAACACACACACACCUUACACACACACACGUAGACACACACCUACACACACACAAUGCACGCACACACACACGUAUGCACACACACACACAUACACACUCGUCUAACCUGCGCCCUUUGUGGUCCUGUCUCAGGUAUGGUGGAGGAGCGGAGGGUGAGCAGGAAGUAUUCUCUGGGCUCGUCUCUGGACUUGGUGAGAACAUAGAAUAUAGAACAUAGAAUAUAGAACAUAUAACAUUGAAUAUAGAACAUAUAAUAUAGAACAUAGGUCAUAGAACAUACAACCCAGACUGGUUCUAUCCCUUCUCCCCCAAGUGCACACUUCAGGGAGAAGGGGGCAAAACAGAAUUGGGCUAAUGAGAUGAGAAAUAAUUAAUCUACGGCAUCAAUCAGUAGAAUCUCUAGAAGAUGAAUAGAACUCUUCCCAGUCAAUAGAAGUGAAUAUCACCCCUGGAUCAGGUUGCUCAUAUUGUCUACAAGAUGAAUAGAACUCUUCCCAGUCAAUAGAAGUUAAUAUAACCCCUGGAUCAGGUUGCUCAUAUUGUCUGCAAGAUGAAUAGAACUCUUCCCAGUCAAUAGAAGUUAAUAUAACCCCUGGAUCAGGUUGCUCAUAUUGUCUGCACGGUCUCUCCAAUGGCUCUACGUUCAUUUUUUCUGUUCUGGCUCUAUAGGUGAAACCCAGGAAGGAUCUGUUCCGUCAGAGUGUUCUGCCCCGCCUUCGACGCAAGGUCACAGUCUCCGCCUCCUGUUCACAGCUCCACCCACUGGAGGAGGGGCUGAGCCAGGGACACACCCCCAAGCAGGACCACGGACAGACAAGGAAACGCAGGUACAGAACUGGGAUUAUACACUUUCAUAUCAACAGACUGGGAGGGUUGGAGGGUGUGUGUGUGUGGAAGGGUUGGAGGGUGUGUGUGUGUGGAAGGGUUGGAGGGUGUGUGUGUGUGUGGAAGGGUUGGAGGGUGUGUGUGUGUCUGUGUGCAAGUGUGUGUGUGUGUGGUUUAUCAUUAACCUCACCGUCAUAAACACAGCCCUUUAAACAGGAGCGUGUCAACAGAACAGUAAUGAAUGGAGCAGGGACUAAGUGUACAUCUAGGUAUCUGUCUGCUGUCUGUCUGCCUGUCUGUCUGUCUGUCUGUCUGUCUGUCUGUCUGUCUGUCUGUCUGUCUGUCUGUCUGUCUGUCUGUCUACCCUGUCUGUCCUAUCUGUCUGUCCUAUCUGUCUGUCUGUCCUAUCUGUCCUAUCUGUCUGUCCUAUCUGUCUGUCCUAUCUGUCUGUCCUAUCUGUCUGUCUGUCUGUCUGUCUGUCUGUCUGUCUGUCUGUCUGUCUGUCUGUCUGUCUGUCUGUCUGUCUACCCUGUCUGUCCUAUCUGUCUGUCCUAUCUGUCUGUCUGUCCUAUCUGUCCUAUCUGUCUGUCCUAUCUGUCUGUCCUAUCUGUCUGUCCUAUCUGUCUGUCCUAUCUGUCUGUCUGUCUGUCUGUCUGUCUGUCUGUCUGUCUGUCUUCUCAUAGUUGUUUGUUUACCUCAUAUUAUUAAACCCUACAUGCCUUCAGAAAUUAAUAUUCACAAACCUUGACUUGUUCCACAUUUUGUUGUGUUUAGACUGAAUUAAAAUGAAUUAAUACCCCAUAAUGUCAAAGUGGAAUUAUGUUUUUUCAAAUGUUGUACUAAUUACUUAAAAAUGAAACUGAAAUGUCUUGAGUCAAUAAGUAUUCAACCCCUUUGUUAUGGCAAGCCUAAAUAAGUUCAGGAGUAAAUAUGUGCUGAACAAGUCACAUAAUAAGUUGCAUGGACUCACUCUGUGUGCAAUAUUAGUGUUUAACAUGAUUUUUGAAUGACUGCCUCAUCUCUGUACCCCACACAUACAAUUAUCUGUAAGGUCCCUCAGUCGAGCAGUGAAUUUCAAACACAGAUUCAACCACAAAGACCAGAGAGGUUUUCCAAUGCCUCGCAAAGAAGGGCACCUAUUGGUAGAUGGGUAAAAAUUAAAAAAAGUUGACAUUGAAUAUCCCUUUGAGCAUGGUGAAGUCAUUAAUUCCACUUUGGAUGGUGUAUCAAUACACCCAGUUACUACAAAGAUACAAGCAUCCUUCCUAACUUGUUUCCAGGAGAGGAAGGAAACCGCUCAGAGAUUUCACCAUGAGGCCAAUUGUGACUUUAAAACAGUUACAGAGUUUAAUGGCUGUGAUAGGAGAACACUGAGGAUGGAUCAACAACAUUGUAGUAACUCAACAAUACUAACCUAAAUGACAGAGUGAAAAGAAGGAAGCCUGUACAGAAUAUAAAUAGUCCAAAAUAUGCAUCCUGUUUGCAGUAAGGCACUAAAGUAAAACUGCAAAAAAGGUCCUGAAUACAAAGCGUUAUGUUUGGGGCAAAUUCAACACAACACAUCACUGAGUACCACUCUUAUUUUCAAACAUGGCGGUGGCUGCAUCAUGUUAUGGGUAUGCUUGUCAUCGGCAAGGACUAAGGAAUGUUAUAGGAUAAAAAUAAAUGGAAUAGAGCUAAGUACAGGCAAAAUCCUAGAGGAAAACCUGGUUCAGUCUGCUUUCCAACAGACACUGGCAGACAAAUUCACCUUUCAGCAGGACAAUAACCUAAAACAGGUGACAUUGAACAUUCCUGAGUGGUCUAGUCACAGUUUGGAUUUAAAUCGUCUUGAUAAUCUAUGGCAAGACUUAAACAUGGCUGUCUAGCAAGGAUCAACAACCAGCUUGACAGAGUUUAAAGAAUUAUUAAAAGAACAAUCUGCAAAUAUUAUACAAUCCAGGUGUGGAAAGCUCUUAGAGACUUACCCAGAAAGGCUCACAGAUGUAAUCGCUGACAAAGGUGAUUCUAACAUGUAUUGACUCAGGGGUGUGAAUACUUAUGUAAAUGAGAUAUUUCUGUAUUUUAUUCAAUAAAUUAGCACAACAUUUAUUUUAAACAUCACUGUCAUUAUGAUGGGUGAGUUUUUCUUUUAAUCCAUUUUGAAUUCAGGCUGUAACACAACAAAAUGUGGAAUAAGUCAAACGGUAUGAAUACUUUCUGACGGCACUGUAUAUGGGAUUUUCACAGUUCUUUUCUCAGACCUCAACUCCUCGCAACAAUCUCUCAAGUUUGGACGGACAUUUUUUACCACGUAAAUGACUUUGCAUUUCAGUUGUGCAAAACAAAGCAAAGUUAUUCUACUCAGGUAUAAAGAAGACUCUCUACCAUGGACAGCCAUUCACAGCUAGACUAGAGAUAAACAGGCUGCAUACUGUCUCUACCAUGGACAGCCAUUCACAGCUAGACUAGAGAUAAACAGGCUGCAUAAUAUUUCUUGCCAGAUGCAAAUAACAACCAAACAUCCUUGUCGUCUUCAUGUCAGUCAAGUCUGGGCCUGUCGGUUCAGCUGUUAAACUUCACAGGAGGAACAACACGCAGCUGAAAUUCUCUGAGUGAGAGAGAGAGGGAGAGAGAGAUAACUUUCCCUGGCUCCACUUUCAUAAAUCAGUAACAACCUGGUGAAGUGUAGCUCUUGACCCUGAGUGUGUGUGUGCGUGUGCGUGCGUGCAAGUCUGUAUGCGUGUGCACAUCUGUGUGUGUUUGCGUAUGUGUCUACAUCCGUGUGUGUGUUCCACCCCCCGCCUGGGUAUAAUGGUAUUGCCCUGGAGAGAACAGUGUGUGAGUACAGGACCAUUGAGCCAUAACCUCCUGUCAGGAUAAUAAAACGAGAUUAUGUCUGUCUGUCUACUGUUCUAGUCCAUUCACUAACAACAUCUGUAGUUGUGUCUACUGUUCGUAGUCCAUUCACACACGUCGCUGUUGUCAUGUCUUGUUCUAGUCCAUCACUAAACGUCUGUCGUGUCUGUCUGUCGGUCUUCUGUUGUUACUGUUUGUCCAUCACAACACAGUAUGUGUCUGUCCGCUGUCGUGUGACGUCUGUCAGUACUGCCUUGAGUCCAUUAACCUGUCGUCUGUCUGUCGUCUGUUUUGUCUGUCUGUCUACUGUCUAGUCUUCACUAACAACUGUCGUCUCUGUCUGUCUGUUUCUUUGUCUGUCUGUCUGUCUAGUCUUACUACGUCUGUCUGUCUUGUCUGUCUGUCGUACUGUUCUAGUCCAUUCACUAACAACGUCGUUGUCUGUCUGUCUCUGUUUGUCUCUGUCUUCUUGUCUGUGCUGACUGUUCUAGUCCAUUCACUAACAAGUCUGUCUGUCUGUCUGUCUACUGUUCUAGUCCAUUCACUAACAACAGUCUGUCUGUCUGUCUGUCUGUCUGUCUGUCUGUCUGUCUGUCUACUGUUCUAGUCCAUUCACUAACAACUGUCUGUCUGUCUGUCUUGUCUGUCUGUCUGUCUGUCUGUCUGUCGUCUACUGUUUAGUCCAUUCACUAACAACACUGUCUGUCUGUCUGUCUGUCUGAUGUCUGUCUCCUACUGUCUGUCUGUCUGUCUGUCUGUCUGUCUGUCUGUCUACUGUUCUAGUCCAUUCACUAACAACUGUCUGUCUGUCUGUCUGUCUGUCUGUCUGUCUGUCUACUGUUCUAGUCCAUUCACUAACAACUGACAUGGUGCUGACAGACCUAACUAAUAGAAGGGAUUUGGGUUGGAAUCAGCAGGCGUGUGGAAUUAACCUGGAUUUACAGGUGUGUGUGUGUGUGUGUGGGGGGGGGAAUCCGAGGAAUGUUGGAGACAGCGCUGUUACAGUGUCAGGGAGGGGAGGAACGGGAGAGAUAAGUCAGGAAACGUGUGAGGACUCAUCAGAAACACACACACACAGCGAAAAACUGGAGGCACGGGAGAGGGAUACUUCCUCGCGUUGUAGUUUGGGUUGUGUGUGUUGUGAGAGUGCGUGCGGUGGUGUGAACUUUGGAUCUCUGCUUGCGGCAACUGGCCCGAAAAAAAAAUGUCCGUCCGAAUUUGAGAGACUUUUGCCAGGACUCGAGAUCUCGCAGGUAAGCGUUGUCAAUAUUAUUUGUAAAAAAUGUAGUAGGCUAAAGUUAUCUACAUGUAGUUCUGUGACUUUUGGAGUAAUGGGCGUUACGUUUCUUGUUGCAGCUGAAUGCUUGUGAUUGGUAGUGUUGCGACAGCCUAGCCUAGAACCAGAUGUUGAACAACUGAUUUUUAUAUAAUAAUAUAAUCGUUGUUUAUUGAAAACGGAGGACAAGACAAACAAUAGACCUAGCCUACCAACUGUAACAAUCGAGACUAAUGUCAGUUGCACAUACAGGUAGGCUAUUACUCACCUGUAGUUGAGCAAAUCAGUU